AUGUUGUCAGAGGAGAUUCCCAUACUAUGUAUCCCCAGGGAGGACGUCCAAGUGUCUGAGCCCGCUAUAAUAGAACACGGCUUCCCCCACACGUCGACCGGAGCCCGUGGCCCUGUACAUUCACAUGAUCAGCAGAGUGCGGAUAAUACUCUGCUCGUUCGCGAUGGGGGGCGAGUCCUAGUAUUGGCCGUUCUGCCCGCCGGUGCAUUAUGA